AGAAGAAUGUUACUAUGCGUGGAGUGAACGAGGUAAUCCGCAAACAUGUACCAAAUCAAGUGACUGCGAUACUAAAGGCGCCAUUUGCGUAUAUAGCGUUAUGAAUCAACAACAUAUCUGCUGUCAAAAUAAAGAAAAUGCAAUCUUACCAAAAUGUCCGAUAGGAGAGAUAAUCACAAAUCUAAGUUUAUUAUUAUGCAAUCCAGGCAAUCACGUGGAAAACGACCAAUGCCCUCAAGGAAGUGAAUGUCUAAAAUCCGAAACUAAUUUUACACAAAAUGCUGAGCAGCCUAAUUAUAUUUGUUGUAAAAUAUGA